UCACUCACACCGACUCCCUCAUAACUUGCUCCACUCUCCCCUCUCUCUCUCUCUCCACUCUCUUCUCACAAUGCCGCAUUACUUCCUUCUCUCUCAUCCAUUUUCACGCCACACAACAAACUAGAAGCAUUGCUCGCCUCCACCUGCUUUUAGAGAGAGAGAGAAGAGAGAGAGAGAGAGAGAGAUCCCGAAAACCAGAAGCAGAUCUGUGAGAAACAGAGCAUUCCCCUGUUUCAAACAUGGCUGAAAUAUCUGCAAGGAGCUUCAUGCCGGAAUCGCUGCCGCGGUAUUCCCCCGACGUGGCGGGGCAAAUCGGGAUGCUGUGGGAGUUCAUCAAGGCGCCGCUGAUUGUGCCGCUGCUGACGAUAUGCGUCUACAUUUGCUUGGCCAUGUCUAUCAUGGUUUUCCUCGAGCGCCUUUACAUGGGCGUCGUCAUCGUCCUCGUCAAGCUCUUCUGGAAGAAGCCUGAAAAGCGAUACAAAUGGGAGGCCAUGAAAGAUGAUUUGGAAGAGGGCAAUGCCGCUUUCCCCAUGGUUCUCGUUCAGAUCCCCAUGUUCAACGAAAAAGAGGUUUACAAGAUUUCAAUUGGUGCAGCCUCUAACCUUUCGUGGCCUGCUGAUAGGCUUGUCAUUCAAGUUCUCGACGACUCCACCGAUUUCCUAAUCAAGGACAUGAUUGAGAGGGAAUGUUUAAGGUGGGCAAGCAAAGGGGUUAACAUUCGAUACCAAAUUAGAGAGACGAGAGGAGGCUACAAGGCGGGAGCGCUAAAGGAAGGAUUGAAACACGACUACGUCAAGGAAUGCGACUACGUCGUCAUCUUCGACGCCGAUUUCCGGCCCGAACCCGAUUUUCUCCGACGAUCGGUCCCCUUUCUCAUUCACAAUCCCGAUAUUGCACUUGUACAAGCCCGGUGGAGGUUCGUUAAUUCAAACGAGUGCUUGCUGACAAGAAUGCAAGAAAUGUCAUUAGAUUAUCAUUUCACAGUUGAACAAGAAGUAGGUUCGGCCACUCAUGCAUUUUUUGGCUUCAAUGGAACCGGUGGAAUAUGGAGGAUUGCAGCAAUCAACGAGGCCGGAGGAUGGAACGACAGAACGACAGUGGAAGACAUGGAUCUUGCCGUUCGUGCCGGUCUCAAAGGCUGGAAAUUUCUCUACCUCGGUGAUCUUCAGGUAUAUAGUGAACUUCCGAGUACUUUUAAAGCCUUCAGAUUCCAGCAGCACAGGUGGUCUUGUGGGCCGGCUAAUCUCUUUAGGAAAAUGAUGAUGGGAAUCGCAACAAACAAGAAAGUAACGUUGUACAAGAAGUUUUACGUGAUCUACAGCUUCUUCUUCGUGCGGAAGAUCAUCGCCCACUUCUUCACAUUCUUCUUCUACUGCGUAGUUCUGCCUCUCUCCAUCCUCGUGCCGGAGGUCUACGUCCCCAAAUGGGGCGCCAUUUACCUUCCUUGCAUCAUCACCGCCCUCAACUCCGUCGGAACUCCUAGGUCGUUCCAUCUAUUGUUCUAUUGGGUGCUAUUCGAGAACGUGAUGUCCUUCCACCGGACCAAGGCCGCGUUGAUCGGGCUGGUGGAGGCGAAGAGGGUGAACGAGUGGGUGGUGACGGAGAAACUCGGAGACAAGCUCAACAACAAAGGCCACAACAAGGGUGGGUCGAUCAAGAAAUUCUCUCUGGCUAAGCUGUUGGGAGACAGGAUUCAAGUGCACGAGCUGGGAUUUGCAGUGUUCCUAUUCGUGUGUGGAUGCUACGAUUUCCUCUAUGGGAAGAACAACUAUUUCAUAUACCUAUUUCUUCAAGUCAUCACUUUCACCAUCGUCGGAUUUGGCUACGUUGGCACCAUCGUUCCAACUUCUUAGCAAAGUCCCACACACAAAAGGGGAAAUUAAGGGGGGAGAAAAUGUACACAAGAUUGCAGUGUUUGGUUUAUUUGAUUUGCAGUUGCGAAAAAGGAAACUAUAUUCAUUUAGUUAUACGGGAAUAUAUAAUACCCAAGUCUUGAAUAGAUUAGACUUUCUUUCUCUUUUUGUUAGAAUUUUAGUGGCUUUGUCUUUUUCAUUGCAGUUUGCAAAUUUACUUCAACAUCACUCUACGAACUACGUGAGUUAUAGUCCAUUCUUGCUUUGUAUUAUUAAGAAUUUCAGAUGAGAGAUAUAUAUAGUUAUAGAUUUUGUUUGGCCA